UUCUCAAUGACGAGGAGCGUCUUCCCUUUUCCGGAAGGCGCCCUUCCCCUCUGCGGUGGGCGGAGCUUCGCCGUCCCCGCUCCUUCCUCCCCUGCGUCUUCCACCUCCUCGGCUCUCGCGAGAAGAGGGGGGGCUGUUCUCGCGAGACCCGGGCUCUGCGGUAGGAGCUCAGUCAGGGGGAGAAGGCGAGGGAAGGACGGCGGACUCCCGAUCGGCGCUCGCGACGCCGCCGCCGCCUCCUCUUCUUCCCCCCUCUCCCUCCCCCUCAGCCGCCUCCAGACCACCAUGCGGGGCCCCGGGCCGCUCCCCGCACUCCUCUCCGUCCUCCUGGCCGCGGCCGGCAGCCUCUUCCCCACACCGGCGGCCGCGCAGAACGCUGGGUUUGUCAAGUCGCCCAUGUCAGAGACUAAACUCACGGGGGACGCCUUUGAGCUGUACUGUGACGUGGUUGGGAACCCCACUCCAGAGAUCCAGUGGUGGUAUGCGGAAGUCAACCGGGCUGAAUCUUUCAAACAGCUAUGGGACGGCGCUCGAAAGCGCCGUGUCACCAUUAACACUGCCUACGGGGUGAACGGCGUGAGCGUGCUGAGAAUUAUCCGCCUUACCUUGGAAGACUCUGGGACGUACGAGUGCAGGGCCAGCAACGAUCCCAGAAGGAAUGACUUGAGGCAAAAUCCUGCCAUAACGUGGAUACGAGCCCAGGCUACCAUAAGCGUCCUUCAGAAGCCCGGGAUCAACGCCACCGACGACCUCACCCUUCUCUCUCAAAAUCCUCCUGCCAUUCUCCUCCAAUGCAACCUCACUUCCGUUCCCAGCCCAGUCAGCUACAGCUAUUGGGUGAAAAACGGCGAAGAGAUUUCGGGCUCCAGGAAGGACUUUGGGACUUCGACAGAGCAUAGAAUUCCAAGGCCCAAGGCAGACGAUUCAGGGGAAUACGUGUGCGUGUUCACAUUUGCUAGCUCUCCUGUAGCAAAUGCAACUAUAGAAGUGAGAGCCAAACCUGACAUCACCGGCCACAAGCGAAGCGAGAACAAGAACGAAGGCCAGGACGCCAUGAUGUACUGCAAGUCCGUGGGCUUCCCGUACCCAGAGUGGGUGUGGCGUAAGCGGGUGGACGCGGUUGUCAUGGACCUCAAGAACGACAGCGGCCGCUUCUUCGUCGUCAGCAAAGAGAACUACACCGAGCUGCACAUCAAGAACCUGCAGAUCGACGAGGAUCCCGGCGAGUAUCUAUGCAACGCGACCAACCCGGUGGACAGCACGUGCGAGACCACCAUCCUGCGCGUCCGCAGCCACCUGGCCCCGCUGUGGCCUUUCUUGGGGAUCCUGGCCGAGAUAAUAAUCCUCGUGGUCAUCAUCGUGGUUUACGAGAAGAGGAAGCGGCCAGACGAAGUCCCUGACGAUGAUGAACCAGCUGGGCCUAUGUAAGUAUCUGAUCACGGCUCUUCAUCUCGUGUUCGGGGCAACGAUGGUCAAAUCCCCCCCCACCCACAACAACAAC